UCUGUCCCGCGGGGCCCCCCCCCCCUCCCGAGCCGCCGCCGAGACCCGUCGGGCGCCCAUUUCCUUACAAGGCCGGCGCUUUCGGGGCGGGGGGGGGGAGGACGAGCCGGCGCUUCGGGGAGGGCGGGGUGGGGCCCCGAGCCUGGCCUGACCCGACGCCGCAGAUAGGAGCGCGCCCCGCCGUCUGCAGCAGCUUAUCUUGCGUUGGUCGCCCGUCGCUCUCCGCGAUGCCGCUCGGGAAAGGCUGGAAGAAAAAGGUGGAGGACAUCAGCACCGUCUAUGACGUCAAAGAGAAGCUGGGCGCAGGGGCCUUUUCGGAAGUGGUGCUGGCCCAGGAGCACGGCUCCCAGCGCCUGGUGGCAUUGAAGUGUAUUCCCAAGAAAGCCCUACGGGGCAAGGAAGCAGCAGUGGAGAACGAAAUUGCAGUGCUCAAAAAGAUUCAGCAUGAGAAUAUUGUGGCCCUGGAGGACAUCUAUGAGAGUCCCACUCAUCUCUACCUUGCCAUGCAGCUCGUGACAGGGGGAGAACUGUUUGACCGCAUCAUUGAGCGGGGCUACUACACGGAAAAAGAUGCCAGCCUUCUCGUCCGGCAGGUGUUGGAAGCGGUGAACUACCUGCACAGCCUGGGUAUCGUCCACCGCGAUCUCAAGCCCGAGAACCUUCUGUACGCCACUCCGUUUGAGGAUGCCAAGAUCAUGAUUACGGACUUUGGGCUGUCGAAGAUUGAGCAGGAUGGAGUCAUGGCCACGGCAUGUGGCACGCCUGGCUACGUGGGUGAGUAUCACACGGUGUCACAGUGAGGAGAGCAGGAAAGG